AUAGUGAAAUAUUUGUAUUUCCUAUAAUGUAAAUACUGUGUACACUUUCCUUUCCAUUUUUUAAACAUGCUAUUAUUGACAGUGGGUUCAAGUGUUAGCCUAAUCUUCCGCAGCAUUUCUCGUCAUUUUGGGCAGCCAUUGAUAAGAAUUUUUUGAGUCUACAAUUUCAUUCGUGGUUGCAAUAUGUUGAUACUACAAUUCUAUUAAUCUUUUUUUAUCAGCUGGAAUUCUUAAUUUAAAAAAUAUUUCAUCGAUUAUUUAGUUGCAGUUGUAUAAGAAUAUUAGGAUGAAUGCUACAGUCCUUCCCUUUCUUUCUCAGUUUACAGAAUGCAUUUGCUACCUAGUAUUAACCAAAUGUGAUUAAGGAAUUUUUAUUAAGUAAAAAAAUUAUCAUUUUUGUCACUAAUUAAUGUCAAUCAAUUUUUCAGUAACUUCUACCUGUUUUGCUACGAAAAUUGCCUCAUCCUAACAAUAGAAUCCUCUUCCAAUUGUACCAUGAGAGUUUUUGAUAUGUAGUUUUUGAAAUCUUCCUUACAUUUUUAGGAUAAUAAGUUGCUUCAGACCAAUUCUGUACAUUUUUUGCACCGUAUCCAGAUUUAAUCAUUUAUUUGAGGUCCCCGGAUUUGUUUGAACGUAAAAUGCUACAUAAGAGGCUACAGUCUGCUUGCCAAGGUCGUCAGUGUUACUGGGCUUGUCAUUGUUUUUAGGCUUUUUAGAAUAUGAGGCUUGGAAACAUAUAUGAAUAUAAAAGAUAAAAUAUUUUAUGUGUAUAAUAAUAUUUUUUAUUGCCAAAGCCAAACUAACAAAAUAUUACCACCAAUAGAUGUACUAUGGAUAUUGAAAUAGUGAUAUUUAGUGGUGAGAUAUUUUUUCCUUUUGAACCAAGCACUUUUACCCACUCCUCCAAAGUCAAUCUUUAAACCAUUCAUUUCCAACAUGGGAAAAAUUAUAUUUCUUUUUAUUUAUAUGACAGUGUUAUGAUGACACAUUUAUAAAAAUGUGAAAAUGUUUUAAAAAUUAAAAUAUUGCAGUAAGCUUUUAGUUAUCAGAAAGCAGCUGCUUCUUUGGUAUAUCCUAGCUUUGAAAAUUAUUGAGGAAACUUCUAAAUGAUUUAUUUUAUUGGCAAAACUUUCUGAAAAUGACACACACACAAAAACAAACAAAAUCUUUAAACAGAGUUAGCAACCAAGGAGUGUGCCUGACAACCAAAGUCAGUGCAAUCCCUGACAUGCCCUUUGUCCAAGCGCAAAGGGAAUAAUUAAGGUGCAUAUUGAUUUCAUUGCAAAAAGCAGAAUACUAUUUUGUGCAUCAUACUGCAGCAUAAGACUCAGGACCUGUAAAGACCACGCAGAACAACGGGACCAUCUGUAGAUGAGUGUUUGAUGACAUUUUUGAAGCACCUGUGAUGACAUGGGUCAUUCACCUAGGCUUCAACUAUCUCACAUCCUCCCUGGGGUUGAGCUGAGUAACUUAGAAGCAACCCAAUGAAUAGGUACUAUUGACAUUUUCUAAAAAUAAGACGUGAGAAAGGAAAGUUUCAACAAACGUCUUCCAUUCAUUUCAACUCAGUAAACAUUUUUGAAGGCUCACUAAUGUGCACUGUCUUUGCUGCUCUAUGCAUCUCUCUCAUCUAUUAAAUGUUCAUCCUGCUUCAGAUCCCUGUCAGAUCUAUCCUUCAUGCUGCUGAUACCAGAAUCUCUUUCAGACAUACUCCUGGUAGGGUCAGUUCUCCACCUAAAAUCCCCAGGAUAAAAUUCAAUAACUUUAGCAAGAUAUAAAAUGUCAUUAAUGAUUUGUUCCCUCCAUCUCCUCUGAUCAUAUCUCCUACUUAUCCCCAUGCCCCUGACAUGCAAAACUAUUUACAUGUCUUCUGGUGUUAUUCUCACCUGAGUCAUUUCUGCAAUGCUUACGUUAUAUCCUCUUCCUGAAAUGGUCAUUCUGUCUUAACUGGAUUAUAUGCUAAUUGGCUUUUUGAUAACUCACACAUUACCUUCUACACAGAGUCUUCCAUGAUUUUUCAAGCUUGCUUAAAUAUCCGUGGGUUCUUUCCAUUAGAAUGUGAGUGAUUAAAAGGCAGGAGGCCAGCUCAUAAGUCUCUUUGUAUAACCACCCCCUACUUCUGCAACAGUACUAGGUAAAAUAAAAUGUAAAGAAAAAAUGAUGUUUCAUUUAAUUACUCAACCAACCCUACAAUAUAUCAAACAACUGCCAUUCCAUUAGAGCCCUGGCUAUCUCAAAGACUUACUCAGCAUCUCCGUUUCAAGGGGAUGUGAAAGAGAACAUUUCUUAGUAGAAAGCUUUGUAACUAUUUGAAAAGCAAACAAAGAAAGUGAAGCAUAAAAUGGAUUACAUGGAGUGGUUUUAUACCUGUCAGAAAGAAGAUUGAUUUCUGAAUCUUCAGAGUGGCAGUUCAUUAUUUUAUUGAUUUCUAGUAUAAGUGAGAUAUCCAAAUAUAAAAGCAAAUAACAAAAGGAUUCCAUAAACUGAUAAAUAUUAUAUUUGUAUUGACAGUCGUCAUUGUCUCAUUGCUUUUGAGGGUGCCAAGACAUAAUCCAGGCUGUCUUCCUACUCAAGCCACUGGAAAAGCACUAGACCUGGAGAUGUAGGUGACUUCCAAAGUGAAAUAGCUGAAUAGUAGCAGAAACUGAAAACAUGCCUCGGUUUCUGAACUAUUAAUCCACUGUACAUUUUACUAGAGUAAGGGGUAUCAAAUUAUAAAUAAUAUAGAUCACAGUAAGACACCUUCAUUAAAUAUUUUUAGUUUCACAAUAAAAAAAUUCAUUAUUGACCAGCAUUUACUUUUAGACUCAAAAUUCAUAAAAAUAUUAGGUUAUACUUUUCUUUUUUGGAUAUAUAUUUAACACCUAUUUUUAAUUUUUUUUCAAAUUGAAUUAUGUUUUAGACCUUAUAUGAACAGCUUUAUAGUUCUUUACAAGAGGUAGUCUAUUUGAUGGUCCAGUUAAGAAAGUUGCGUUUAUCUUACAGCACUGAGUAAGGUUAGUAUGUUACAAACAAAAUUAAUGAGGGGAGAAUGGAGCAACCAACUUUUUAUAUAAGACAACAGGAUUAUUUGAAGAGAAGUAAAAAAUCAAAUACAAAUGAUCAAAAAUGGCACAAUAAAGAUUUGAGACAGAAGAAAAUAGAAAUGAGUUAGAGGCAUUAUAAUGUUCAAUACUGCUUAUAAAUAUUAAGUAGAAAAGAUACAAAAAAUUAUAUUGAUAUAUAUACUAUGGCCUGAAUGUGCUCCCUCAAAUUUCUUAUUAAGUGUAAAUUAGGUACUAAAACUCAUACAGGUAUGGUAUUAGGAGGUGAGGUCUGUGGGAGGUGAAAGAACCUCUUAUAUAAUUAGUGCACUUAUAAAACAGGCCCAGGAAAGCUCCUUUUUCCUUCCACCUCAUGAGGACACAGGGAGAAGGCAUUAUCUGUGAGAAAAUGGGCCCUCACCAGACGCUGCAGUGCCUGCGCCUUGAUUUUGGAUUUCCCAGCUCCCAGGACUGUGAGAAAUAAAUUUCUGUCAUUUAUAAGCAACGCAGUCACCCAGCUGAUGUAUUUUGUUACAGCAGCUUGACUGGGCUGCGACGAUCUGGUAAAAACGUAAGAAAUUAUUUUUAUCUCUGAAGGAAUUUUUUUUUUUUUUUUUUUGAGACGCAGUCUCGCUUUGUCGCCCAGGGUGGAGUGCAGUGGCGCGAUCUCGGCUCACUGCAAGCUCCGCCCCCGACAUUCUCCUGCCUCAGCCUCCCGAGUAGCUGGGACUACAGGCGCCCACCACUACGCCUGGCUAAUUUUUUGUGUACUUAGUAGAGACGGGGUUUCACCGUGUUAGCGAGGAUGGUCUUGAUCUCCUGACCUCGUGAUCCACCCGCCUCGGCCUCCCAAAGUGCUGGGAUUACAGGCGUGAGCCACUGGCCUGGCCUGAAGGUAUUUUUUAAAAAUACUAAUUCAAUGAUAUGGUGAUUGUCAAGGCUUGGUAGUUUCUAAAAUAUCAAAUAAUGUUAAAUGUUUACACUGUGUGUAAAAAGUGGUUGCAGAAUCCCUGAAGGAGUUUAGUAAAUUUUAGAUUAAUACUCAUAUGCCUGAAAUGCAGAGAUGCAAACAUGGUUGUAGGAUGUGGGCAAAACUGCGAGACCUCUCACAUAUAAUUCUUUACUAAGUAGACAUGGGAAAAGGAAAUAAGUUGACAUAAUAAUAAUAUACAAUAAAUAUAAUUAAAGUGAUGUUUCAAACUUAUAAACAUAUUCCCAUGAUGUUAUAGAUUAUUGGAUAGAUGUAAUACAAGGAAAAAGCAUCAUCGGAGAAUGUCCUUCCAUGUGACUUCCUUUCUUUUCUCACUAGCUGUUCAUAUCUAUAUAUUUGAGGGCUUUUUUCUCCACUUGUAAUUAUGCUGUUUUGUGAUUUAAUUCUAUCAUAAAAAUGGCCUAUUAAAUAAUAUUAUUCUAUAUUGUGUCCCAUUUGGCUCUAAUGGCUCUCCUGUCCCUUCAUCUUGCAAAAUAAUCAGUAAGUUUAAAAUCGCUUUCUCUCUUCCCUUACAGAGUUUUCCCCAUCUUUGAAGCACUCACACAAGAUGCCUUAAAUUAGCAAUUCUCUUCUCAUCAUUUCUGUGUCUGCUGGUUUGUUACAAAGGCUGCUAAUUAUUUGCUCCCUUCCAAUUAUGUUUAAUAAUAUCCCUAAUGUCAAGCAAUUCCUCCCAAUAGGAGGAUGUUUUACUCACUAUACUCCACUAUGAAGUAAUACAAAAAUCUUAUUAAUUUGAAUAACUUCCCUUUCUUUAGUAUGUUGGAAAAUGACAUUAAAACUAGAUUUUUAAAAUAUUAGAGUUAACAUAAUGUACCUCGGGAUGCUCUCCGGGUCUGUGCUGAGGAGAGCACAGCACCCUCCUCGCAAAGGAACAGCGGCGGCGCAGGCGCAGAGGGGGCGCACAGCGCCGGCGCAGGCGCGGGGGGAGGGGGGCGCACAGCGCCGGCGCAGGCGCAGGCGCAGAGGGGGCGCACAGCGAGCAUCGCGAGAGCGGAGCUUAGUUCUGCUCUGCACACAUUUCGGAGGUACAGCGAGGGCGGACCAGUGUUCUGCUCAGCACAGACCCUGGCGGGCCAGCGGCACCGCGAGGGCGGAGCUGCGUUCUGCCCAGCACAGACCCGGGAGACACCGCGAAGGCAGAGCAGCGUUCCUCAGCCCAGACCUUGUGGACACUGCCUCGCUUUGGGACAACUCGGGGCCUCAUCGACGGCUUUUCUGGCUUUGCCCGCCCAGCUGCUCCUUGCCAGGAGGAGGAGGAGACACCUAGAGCCUGCGAAACCACGGCUCGCCUCGUUGCGGGUGGGUGGCAGCGACGGAGACCGCAGUGCACCGCAGCGAUGUUUUUUCUCCAAUAGUUGAUGAGUCCUCCAGAGCAGUUUACCGCUGGCAAAUUAUCUGAUUCCAGAAUCGCCCUGAAAUCUGGCUAUGAACAAUAUCUUGGUAUAAAUUCAGAUGAACUUGUUGUUGGGCGUUCAGAUGCAAUUGGACCAAGAGAACAGUGGGAACCAGUCUUUCAAAAUGGGAAAAUGGCUUUGUUGGCCUCAAAUAGCUGCUUUAUUAGAUGCAAUGAAGCAGGGGACAUAGAAGCAAAAAGUGAAACAGCAGGAGAAGAAGAAAUGAUCAAGAUUAGAUCCUGUGCUGAAAGAGAAAUCAAGAAAAAAGAUGACAUUCCAGAAGAAGACAAAGGAAAUGUAAAACAAUGUGAAAUCAAUUAUGUAAAGAAAUUUCAGAGCUUCCAAGACCACAAACUUAAAAUAAGUAAAGAAGACAGUGAAAUUCUUAAAAAGGCUCAGAAAGAUGGAUUUUUGCAUGAGACGCUUCUGGACAGUUUAGGCUAUGAGCAGUGAUGGACGAGGUGGCUGCUGUAUUGGAUCAAGGAUAUGAGCAGAGAUGGAUGAGGCAGUGGCUGUAAUGGAUCAAGGCUAUGAGCAUCUUGUGAAGUAGGAUGUUAAAUCUGUAAAUAUCAGAGUGAAUCCAAACUUAUCAAUUCAACACUGGAUUGUAAAAUAGCUCAGAAAUGACUAAAAACCACAGCUCUGCAACUUAGGAGGCUGAGGCAGGCAGAUUGCUCUAGCUCAGGAGUUAGAGACAAGUCUAGGAAACAUGGAAAAACCCUGUCUCUACAAAAAACAAAAAAUUAAUUAGCUGGGUAUGGUGAUAUAAGCCUGUGGUUCCAGCUUCUCAGGAGGCAGAGGUGAGAGGAUUGCUUGAGCCCAGAAGUUAGAGGGAGCAGUGAGCUCUGAUUAUGCCACUGCAUUCCAGCUAGGUGACAGAGUGAGACCCUGUCUCAAAAACAAACAAACAAAAUAACAAACAAAAAUAGCUCUAAACGAAGGUGUCUAGAAAAGUAGCUCAAGUUGUUCCUGCCUGGUGAAAUACAAAUAUAAAUGAACUAUUUAUGUGCCCCGGUGGCUUCAUAAUCCUGAGAGCAAAGCCAAUUGUUCUGGCAGGUUCUGGACAAAUUUAUCACAUCAUGGGUUUCAAUGCCAAUGUCAAAUCAUAAAUAUAAUAAUCAAAUCUGAAAGUGAACCCAGUUUCAGAGACCUCCAGAAGCCACUGUGUAGGAAGCUCCUUUCAGAUAGAGACAAGGGAUUAUUUGACUUCUUAUCUCUGUUGUCUAGCACAAUGUCCAGAACACAACAGAUAUUCCAUAUGCAUAGUCACAUCCUAUGUAUGUGUAUUUCUUUUCCAGCAAGUAGUAGAGGUCCUAAGCU